AUGGACCCUGAUGUCACCAGAUCUCUCCGAAUACACGUAGAUGACGCCUGCAGCGACCAGUCCAUCUUGCUGAAGAAGCUUCGCCCCGAACAGCCCUACACCAUCUCUGUCAAGACCAAAGUAAAGGGCGUGGUCAGAACAAGUCUCGCUGCCAAUCCUCAACAAGAGUGUGAACUUAAUGCUGGUGUUCCUCCUGUAUCCAAAACAAGUAUCCUUAGAGUCAAAAGUGGAAAUGGAGUCAAAUCUCUGUUCAUCGAAUGGAGUCAAGAUACCUUCUCUGACGCUAUGGGGACGCUGCUGAAGUAUGCUGUCCUAGUUGGUACUUCGGACGCUAUAGGAAAUUUGAGCAGCAGUGGUCAGGGCUUAGAAGAUGUUGCGAUUCCAACUUGGAAAAAUUUCACGGACGGUUUUUCGGACUUCUAUCAAGCUACGCCUGUCGAAUGGAACCCUUUCGAACGAAACACAGAAGUCGAGGAUCCUUUGAAAUGCGAAGUACUGGAGACGGAAGAGUGGCCGAAUCAUAAUAUAACAGUCCUGCGCUGUGCAGUGGGACUGCAGGAAGACUGCUCGGGAUAUGAAGCUUACUGCAACGGGCCGUUGGAGCCAGAUACAUCCUAUGCGAUGAAAAUUCGCGCCUUUACUCGAGGAGGAUACGCAGAUACACACCUUUUACUCGCUCGAACAGGCUCUUAUCCUAAACCCAGCAUGGGUGCUGGAAUUAUCAUUGGCAUAAUCAUAUGCCUACUCAUCCUUACUUUUAUGGCAGGAAUUAUCACCUACAGGAAAAGAAGGGGCAUGGAUCCUCUAGUAAAAGUCUUUGAGACAAGAUUUGGAAACCGCACCGAGCCUGAUGCACCUCUCUCUUUGACUCUACAAGAGUAUCAAACCAAAGGAAAAGUGUCAGUGGAAAAAUUUCCGGAGCACGUGCGAGUGAUGAUGUUGGAUUCUCAACUGAAGUUCUCGCAAGAAUUCGAGAAACUCAAACAUGACAGUCAACAACUUCCAUGUACUGUGGCGGAGAUGGAGGAAAACAGAGCCAAGAACAGAUGGAUGAAUAUCUUCCCUUUCGACCACUCACGAGUGAAACUACUUCCGCUGGGUGACGAACCAGGUUCUGAUUUCAUCAAUGCCAACUACAUUCCAGGUACUUCCAGCCUCCGCGAAUACAUAGCCACUCAGGGCCCUCUGGCGACGACUGUGGAUGAUUUCUGGCGCAUGAUCUGGGAGCAGUCGGUGAGCACCAUCGUCAUGCUGACGCAGUGCGUCGAGCGAGGGAAAAGCAAGUGCGAGGAAUACUGGCCGCCUCCGACGCAAGGGGGCGCGCACUACGGAGACCUCCUCGUGAGAACUAUCUCCGUAUCCAUGCUGGACUCGUACGUUAUCAGGAUCUUCCGGGUGCAGCUGGGGACUAGAGGUCGUGAAGUGAAGCAGCUGCACUUCACCCGGUGGCCGGACUUUGGCUGCCCAGAAAGUCCGGAAGAGUUGCUCAACUUUGUCAGGGCUGUACGAGAUCACUUGCCCCGGACGCAACCUGGACCCAUCAUUGUCCAUUGCAGUGCUGGCGUCGGUCGAACGGGCACCUUCAUCGCAGUGGAUCGCAUUGCACAAGAACUGCAGGACACAAAUUAUAUAGAUGUCUACGGGACUGUGAUGGAUCUCAGGCAGCACAGGACGAACAUGGUGCAAACAGAGGACCAGUACGUCUACAUCCACAGGUGUGUGCUGCAGUUGUUGCUGGAAAGAAAUAAACCGGUCGGUGAUAAGUACGAAGAUGUGAUAUACUCUAACAUUGGAGCUCACGUGUCUGGAGUCUAAACACUUCUUUGUAUAUUUUUAGUUUACUGGGCGGUGAAUCCGCCAUGAAAGCAUCUAGUCGCAAUGCAAUCUCUUCGGUAAGAGGAACUCUUAUCGGUUGAUUUUUCUUACUCUGUGAUCUUUAUUGUAGUCUGACCAAGAAAACUCA